AGUAAAUUCGCGAAUUUUACACAACAAGGUAGGAUGAAACGAAUUACUGGUACCGUGUUCCCAACCAGUACUGCUCCAAUUUCAUCACUGAUAGAUUAUUCGAACUUUCGAGAUCGUGACGAAAAUGAAAUAGUUAUGAAUGAAUUAUUGGAUACUAUCACGAACGAAGAAACGUGCUCACUGAAUUCGACUUCCAUAUCCAUCGAUCAUUCACAUGAUUCAGUACUUGAUUUCUCGAUCUGUUCCAAUCCGAUCGAUGAAGCUGCAAUUAUGGAGGAACAACUCGCUGCAAAUGGAGAACUGAACGAUGAUGUCCCGUCGAUCGUUGCUACAUUGUCAUCCCGCGCACCCAAGGACAGUGGACAUUCGUCAACAAACCGGGCAAUAUUUACCACUGCUGUUGCAGUUGCCUCGACAACCGACAACAAUUGUCAACCGCUGUUACCAGCCUCAUCCUCUCUUGCUACAGCCUAUCUUCUACCUCUCUUUAGUGCACCACCCAUUGCUAGCCUCGAAGACUUGACCAACGGUGAACAAAACAGUGAUAUUACAUCUGCAAGAAGUAACAUUGUACCAACUUCAGCAGCAAGUAUUGGCCGAAACGGAAUCAGAAGGAGUAAUCUCAAAGAGGGUAGGAAAACAGGUCGAGGACGUAUUGGGCAAGGAGUCGGUAUUGGUAAGGAUGGUGACGAUGGUGACAAUGACGACGUCAGUGGCAAAAGCGAUUAUUAUCGGCAAACAUCAUCAGCAGCAUCAACAACAAUAAAACGCUACAUCAUACGCUCAGGCUGGUUCUUUCGACCAUACCAACACUCUCCUCCUCCUCCUCCUGCUGAUCAUAUCAAUCACGGAACGAUGAUGGAAUCUCGUUUUCCGACUUAUUUUUCUCAUUAUCCCCUGACCACUUUAGGGAUAUGUCCGGAUGAAUGUCUGUCCACAUCUUUCACUAUUAGAUUGUUAUUGCAGUUAACUGCUAAAUUUAACAGGAACUGUUUGUUUCUGAAAUUGUCCUUUUUGGAAUCUAAAUUCUGGUUUUGUUUGCUGAGCAAAUAUUUCUUUGGAGCAUUCUGACUCCGUUAGAUAUUUGUGAUGAUAAUAAUGAAUCAGUAGUUGCCAUCAUAACAAGAAAUUUGUAGUAAUCGCAC